AUGAUAUAAAUAGUAAAAAUUCUUAAAGAUCAGAUAUAACCUAUUGUUUUGUUUUAAAAAAACUAAAAUCUUCUGUAAAUUUUAAAUUUCUCUGUUAAUAUUGACUCAAAUAAUAACAAGUAUUUGGAAAUUAUAGCUUAAGGUUUGAUGGACAUAGUUUAGUAUGUAGUCUCUAUUGAUAGCAUAUCAAAUACAUGCUUGUAUUCAUUUAAGUAGUCUGACUCAAGGUAAUUAAACCAAUUCAUGUAAAAGUAAUUACAAGAAAACCUAAUUUAUACAAAAUAACAAUUACAAGAGCUAAAGAUAUCUCUUAGCAAUAAUUAAGAAAUAUAAAUUCCUCCUCUGUUUUAUAAUUUAAACCCAGAUGGUGUGAAAGUAGUUUAUUAAUCUUAAUUUAACGAUUUAGAUACUUAAUAAUAAAAACCUAUUGUAAAGUGGCAAGAUGGCAGUUUAUUUGACAAUAGUUUGAUUUAAAUUGUAUAAAUAAGCUCUAUAAAUUUAGUAAUACCAAAAGAACAAUAAAUAAUAUUAAACUAACAAAAAAAUAUCAAAAAGUUAUUUUUUUAUGAUAUUAAUAUACUAGACAUGUAAACUGAUUUAAUAAUUUAAAAUUUAGAUUUAGUCCAUAUAAAGACAAUUAUUUUUUAAAACUUUAACCAAAUAGAAAACAAUAAUAUGAUAUCAAUAAUUAAUUGUAAAACAGUGAUAAUUGAAGAUAUUUAAAUUUUAAAUAGCAUAUUUACUAAUGGAUACAUUUUUUAAAUUGUUAAUUCAACUUUUGUAAGUAUUUAAAGUGUUAAAAUUAGCACUUCUACAGUAGAUAAUUUUAUUGUCAUGGAUGCAAUUUAGUAAGUUUCAAUGAAAAAUAUCAAUAUCUUUUCAAGUAGUAUUAGCAAAAAUUUCUUAAAAUAAUAAUAAAAUUAUAACACAACACUAGAAAACAUUAAAUGUGAAAGUCUAAAGGGAAAUACAUUAAUUUAUUAGAUUGGUUGUUAAUAUUUAAGAAUAGAUGAUUUUAAACUAAAUAAAACUAGUUAAUCUGAUUUCAAUUUACUCAUCACAGAAGAAUAUUUCGAUGUUUAUUACUAUAAAAAUAUAUUUGUUUAGAUGUUAAAUUUAGUUUUUUAAGAAAGUGAUAACAUUAAAUUAUCAAUGGUUUCUUCAAAAGUAUUCUUUAAAAAUAUUUAGCUUAAGAGACUUAACUAGAAUGGAUUUAGCUUAUUUGAAAUAAAUACUUAAGAGCUUGAAAUUUAAGAUUUCUUUUGUAGUUUUUGCAAUACCAAUUAAUAGCUUUAUUUGGUUUAAAUUCAGGAUUCGAAUACAAUAAAAAUAAAAAAUUUGCAAUUAGAAAAAAGUAAUAUCUCUUUAAUAAAAAUGGAUAAUUAAAUAUAAAGUAAAGUUCAUAUUGAUGAUUUAAGAAUUAAUUCUUGUCAGCCACAAUCAUCUCUAAUAUAAAUCGAAAACUGUAAUUUUUUAUAAAUUAUUUCAUCUAAUUUUAAUUCUAAUGAAUGCAGUUAAGAUGGUUGUGUCUUUAUUAUUAAAAACAUUGGUAGUUUAAAUAUAUAAGAUUCUAAAUUUAUAGGCAAUGUUUCUAAACAAGGAAAAGGUGGAGCAAUUUAUUUAGGUGAUGUUGAUACCACAACAAUAAUAAAUGUAUAAUUUAUCAAAAAUAGAAGUUAAAAGGAUUAUGGUGGAGCUUUGUAUUAUUAAAGAGAAGAUGGUAGUAUCUCUGUUCUAAAAGUAUUAAGUUAGAGCUUGUUUCAAAAUAAUUCUGCUAAUAAAGGUAAAGGAGGAGCAAUUUAUUUAAGUAAGAUAAACUUAUAUAUAGAAUAGAGCUAAAUAAUUUAAAACGAAGCUGCAGUUGGAGGAGGAAUAUUUUAUGAGCAUUAUAUUCCAGAUAUUUUUAUACAAUAAAACUAUCCUUAUCUCUCAUUUAUUAAAGAAAACAAAGCAAGUUUAUAUGGCAAUAAUAUUGGGUCUAAACUUAGAGCAAUUGAAAUAGAUUUAAGUAAAAUUCAAGGAAUAUAAUUAAGUUAGUAAAAACAAAAUUAUUUAAACAUUUAUGACUUUUAGAGUGGAGGGUAUUUAAGCUUGUUAAAUGUAAGGUUAAAAGAUGAAGAAGGUAACUACUUAUAAUUUGUCUCUCUAAAUAAUUUAGAUAUAAAUAAAAAUUUGCUAUAGGAGCUUGAGAAUUUAAAUUUAUAAGUGAUAACUGAUAAUGAUAUUUUAGUUUAAGGCAGUUCUAUCUCUAAGUAUUAAGAGAAUGGGCUUAAUUUAAAUUUUAGUAUAACAUCUAAACCAAUGAUGAGAAAUGUAUUCUAAAUUCAGUCAAAUAUCUUAUUAGAUUUUUAAUCAUCUUAGUAAGAUAAUCUCUUAUAAUAAUAUGUAACCUAUUAAAUUGAAGUCUAGUUUAGAAAAUGCCAUGUUGGUGAAAUCAAAGUCGACUUUUCAAAUAAAAUAAUAUGUGAACAGUGCCCUGAUGGAAAGUAUUCUCUAAAUGAGAGCGAUUUAAGCUGCAAGCAAUGUCCUAGCAGUGCUUAGUAGUGUUAUGGUUCUACCAUUAACCUUCUUCCUGGCUAUUGGAGAGCAAAUAAUAACACGGAUGAGAUUUUACAUUGCUCCAACAACUAGCAUAGUUGUCAACCUCAGUAAGAAAAGUCAAAAUUUGGAUGUGAAAAAGGAUUUGUCGGACCUCUUUGUGAGACUUGCGACUUUUAAGGGAAUGUUUGGGAAAGCAGAUACUCAAAAGCGUUUUUAUCUCUAAACUGCAUAUAAUGCUCUGGAUAUAUUGCUAUUUUUGUCUUGAACUUUUUAAUAUUUUUUACUUUCUAGUUUCUAUAUUUGACAUUUAGCGUAUACAAGAUUAUUGAGUAAUCAGAGAGGGUUUUGUUGGGAUACUAUUUAAAAUUACUAGGAAUUUUGCAUCUGAGUAAUUCAGUGUAUAACUUUUAACAGCCAAUUUUCUCCCAAACUUUAGUUGAUCAUAUUUAAGUAAUAUCGGUGAUAGAUAAGUACAAUUUAGAUCUUCCUUAAAUAUUCAGUUUUGGUACUACUUCUAUUGGUAAUCCUCUUUAGAUUUCUAAUGGAUCUUUGGAUUGUUUUUUCCCUUUUAAAUUUAUUGAUGGAAUGGAAUAUUGGGUUUUUAGAUUUAUAAUAUCGCUUUUCACUCCUUUAUCAAUUAUAUUAUUCCUCUUUUGCUUCUAAAUUAUUAGAAAUGGAAAGAAUUUUUACAAAUCAUACUUGAAAUUUAAACUAACUAGUAUCAUUUAUGUUUACAUAUUUUACUUCCCUUCGUUAGUAGCAUUAAUUUCUCAAACUAUAAGCUGUAGAAAAAUUGGUUCUAAAAAAUAUGCCUCUAUUGACUUAAAUAUCGAAUGCUACGAUUUUAAAAGACACACAAGGUUUAUCUUGAUUUUGGUUUUACCUACAAUCAUUUUUUUUAUCAUCAUAAUACCUUAUUGGAUUUUGAAAAUGAUUUAAAUUCUUAAAAAGUAAAGACACUAAAGAUUUCAACUGAGUAAAUACCAGUUUCUUUAUGAAGACUACAAACCAAAAUAUUUUUAUUGGUAUAAAUUGAAAAUGUUUUUUAAAUCAAUAAUUAUGACUGCCUCAAUAUUACUGCUCGAACAGCCAAAUAUAAGAGCUUUUGUAGUAAAUAUCACUUUGGUAUCUUAUAGUAUAAUGUCAACUCGAAGCUGUCCAUAUAUAUCUUAUUAGAGAAAUUAGCUUGAACAAUAAUCAAUAUUCAUUUCGAUAUUAACAAUAAAUCUUACUUUUCUUUAUUAAGGCAUUUAAGAAGUAAAUCCAAGUGUGAGUCCAUAUGUGACUAUUAUCAUUUAUUCCUUGAAUGGGUUCUUUAUAUUAAAACUUGUCUUGCUUGUUUUCUUAGAGCCUAUUCCAUCAGAAGUUUCAUAAUAAAACUUUUUCCAAAAAAUCCUAUAUAAAGCGAAGCUAAGAUUUCCAGAAACAUUCAGCUUUAUAAAAGUAUAUAAAAAUAAAUCAUUUUAAUCAAUCAGAAAAUUCAACAAGAUAAAGUAGUCAAUAAAAUAACUUGCUCAAUUAAGGCAGCAUUAAUUAUAAUAAUUUGAAAGCAAAGUUUAAAUUUAAAUAAGCAGCAACUGGCGAGUAUCUAGCUCGAAAAAAAAUACAAAUGCAAUCCCUCAAAGUGAACCUCAUCCUAUGAAGAAAUUAAAUAAAUUUAAUACUUUAAGUCCUAGUUUCAAAAAAUAAUCAAAUUAAGGUAUUUUUAUUAACAAAACAGAGAGCUUUAAAGUUAGCUAAAGAGAAUUAAGCGUUUUCCAUGAUUAACUAUAAUCUAAAGAAUUUUUGGAUGGAAAAGAAAAAUAAAAAGUAAAGUUUUCUUAACUUAAUAUAAAUAUCACAACACCAAAAUACUCAAAAGAACCUGAAUAAUGUGUGUUUUCUCCAAUGAAUAAAUCUACAUAAAAUGAUUUUUUUAUUACAAGCUAAGAUAAACUAUAAGAUUAAAAAAUUAUAGAAUCCUAAUACUAAAUUGCAAAUCAUAAUUUAAAAUCGUUUAAAAAAUCUCUAGAAAUGGAAUAAUUUAAUAAAGUUUUUAGCACUUCUGUGAUAAAACCUGCUAAACAGAUAAAUAAGCCUAGUUAAGAGACUAAAGAUCAAACCAGCACAUCUGAUAACUUAUAGUAAAAUUAAAUAUUUAGUAACAAUAUGCUUCUUGAUUCUUAAUGCUUGAAUGAUACAAUGUAAAAUGAAAGCCAACCCAUCAAAUAAGAAUAAUUUAAACACUCAGCAUAAAAUGUAAAAUAAAACACCUUUUAGACAUUAGUUAGUCACAUUAAUAAAUUAUAAAAAUGA